ACUCAUCUACUGCUCACAAAAACUUGUUCCACCCUCCACGUGUUCCCAUGCAUGUCUCCAUGCUCAAAUCUUCCCCACACCUGUCCCUCUCCACCCCCUCUUAACAUCUCCCGCACCUCUCUCUCACUCCCCCCUCCCCCUCCUCUCUCUCUCUCUCUCUUUCAACGCAUCCAUGGCCGACCGUCACCAAAACCCAGCACAAACCCAGCAGCAGCAGAGAGCUCCGAGACACAGCAACCAUAACACCCCGACAAAUGCCUCCACAUUCCUACGUAAACUCCAAGGUAGUGCACCCAACUCUACCCAGCUCGUCGGCUUCCUCACCCUCCUCGUCUCCGGCGCCAUUCUCCUCCUCCUCACCGGCCUCACCGUCACCGCAACCGUCCUCGGAGUAAUGUUCUUCACCCCUCUCAUCAUCGUCUCCAGUCCCAUAUGGGUCCCCCUUGGCAUCAUCCUCGUCCUCACUGCCGGCUUCUUCGUGUCCAUGUGCGGGUUCGGCGCCGCAGCCGUGGCCGGUUUGUCUUGGAUGUACAGGUACUUCAAGGGGAUGCACCCGCCCGGUUCGGACCGGGUCGACUACGCAAGGAGCCGGAUUUACGAUACGGCGAGCCACGUCAAGGAUUAUGCUAGAGAGUAUGGCGGAUAUUUACACAGUAAGGUCAAGGAUGCAGCUCCCGGUGCUUAAACCUACGAUCGAGAGCUAUAGGAUUUGUUUUCUUUCUUCACCGGUCCGGUUUAUUGUUGAAUGUUGAACCUGCAGAUAUGAUGGACUUUUAUUACGUUU